GGUGGUUCUAGUUUUCUGAACAAUAUUUUCAGCGCAUAUUUCACUCUUGUAUUUCUCUUUCCUUCCAGACAAAACCAAUAUGGAAGUUGAUUCAGAACUGACAGAUAUUGCAGCUACUGUAUAUGAUGCCAUUCGCCUUGUGAGAGAUCCAGAAAAGGACGCAACUUUAGAGGAUUUAAAUGUUGUCAGUGAAGAAGGAAUAAAGGUUACUAGAUUCAAUGAGGACAAGUAUCUGAUAACUGUAGAAUUUGUCCCAACCAUAUCUCACUGUUCUCUGGCAACUCUCAUCGGCCUGUGCAUACGAGUGAAGUUGACGCGUGCACUUCCGUUUCCCUUUAAAGCAGACAUCCAUUUAGCUCCUGGAAGUCAUGAUACAGAACAAGAAGUAAACAAACAAAUCAAUGACAAAGAACGUGUAGCAGCAGCUUUAGAGAACCCUAACCUUGCAAGAGUUGUUGAGGAAUGUUUAGUGGAAAGAGAUUGCUAGUAGUCUAUAGAAGAGACAUUAAUUUAGAAUUGAGGCAAUAUUUAUCACAGAUUUUCUGCCUUUCUUUGUUUAUGUGAAAUUGGAGAGAAUGAUAAACAGUAAAUACUAUUUUAU